AUGGAGAUGGAGAGACAAGAUGAAAUUCAAGACCUUGCAUUGUCCCUUCCAACCAUGGGUUCUUUGCAUAUUGCAGGGAGCAAUGCCUUUGGUCACAACAUUGAGUUCAUGUCUCAAACCUACCUUGGGAAUAGGAACUCUCAGAUUGAUAUUGAAGAUGAUACUUCAAUGACAAACAAAGAUCACCCUCUUCCUAUAUUUCUCAAGUUUGAAGAUGUGGAAUAUAAGGUGAGAAUUAGCCAAUCUUCUCCUACCAACCCUGUGAAGGCAGUAGUGUCAAAGGUGGCCUCACAGCUGAACAUGGAACAAGAUAAUUACAAGCAGAUAUUGAAGGGUAUAACAGGAAGUAUUGGCCCUGGGGAAAUUCUUGCUCUGAUGGGCCCUUCCGGUAGCGGGAAAACUACAUUACUAAAGAUUAUAGGAGGGAGGUUACAUGAAAAUGUUAAAGGAACUAUAACUUACAACGACAUUGCUUAUAAUCCAGCUCUUAAGAGGAGGAUUGGAUUUGUGUCACAAGAUGAUGUGCUCUUCCCACAACUGACAGUGGAAGAAACCUUAGUUUUUGCUGCAUUUUUAAGGCUUCCGAGCAGUAUGAGCCGAAGACAAAAAUACGAAAGAGUACAGAUGAUCAUUAAGGAAUUAGGCCUUGAAAGAUGCCGUCACACGCGAAUAGGAGGAGGAUUUAUUAAAGGGAUAUCCGGGGGAGAGAGAAAAAGAACCAGUAUAGGGCAUGAAAUUCUUGUUGAUCCUUCGCUAUUAUUGCUCGAUGAACCAACUUCAGGACUUGAUUCUACCUCUGCAAAUAGACUUCUUCAGAUUCUUCAAGGAGUUUCGAAGGCAGGAAGGACGAUAAUCACAACGAUCCACCAGCCCUCGAGCAGGAUGUUUCACAUGUUUGACAAGGUUCUGUUGAUAUCAGAAGGCUACCCAAUGUACUAUGGUAAUGCUAGAGGCUCCAUGGAGUACUUCUCGUCUCUGAGAUUCGUCCCAGAAAUAGCAAUGAAUCCUGCUGAGUUCUUGUUGGAUUUAGCAACCGGACAAGUGAAUGACAUUAGGGUCCCGGAAGAUUUACAUGCACCACAAGACACUGCUGAAUGUGAGAGGGUUGUUAUCAAAUAUCUACAACUCAAAUACAAAAUUGAAUUGGAGCCAAAAGAAAAGGAGGAGAAUCAUCGGACAGCAGAAACAGCAGAGCAUCUUCGCUUAGCAGUUCAGAUUAAGAAGGAUUGGACUAUUACUUGGUGGGAACAAUUCAGGAUAUUGUCCAAGAGAACAUUUAAAGAGAGAUGGAGAGACUACUUUGAUAGGCUAAGACUAAUUCAAGCACUUGGCGUGGCGGUCUUAUUAGGUCUUCUUUGGUGGAAGUCCACAACUAAGACUGAGGCUCAACUACGAGAUCAGGUUGGUUUGAUGUUCUACAUCUGCAUUUUCUGGACAUCUUCGUCGUUAUUUGGAGCUGUGUACGUCUUCCCAUUUGAGAAGAUCUAUUUGGUGAAAGAGAGGAAGGCAGAUAUGUACAGGUUAAGCGUGUACUACGCGUGCAGCACCAUGUGUGACAUGGUGGCUCAUGUUUUCUAUCCUACCAUUUUCAUGGCCAUUGUAUACUUUAUGGCUGGCUUCAAGAGAACAAUCCCUACCUUCUUCUCAACAUUGGCAGCAAUAUUGUUAAUCGCUAUUACAAGCCAAGGGGCCGGAGAACUCUUUGGAGCUGCAGUUCUGAGUAUUAAAAGGGCCGGGAUGAUUGCUUCUCUCAUACUAAUGCUCUUUCUCCUUACCGGAGGUUACUAUGUUCAGCACAUACCACCGUUUAUGCAGUGGCUGAAGUACCUAUCUUUCAUGUUCUAUGGCUUUAGACUCUUGUUGAAGGUGCAAUAUUCCGGAGAUGAACUGUACGAGUGUGAAAGCAAAGGAGGAUGCAGAACUCUGCAGAGUUCACCCUCAUUUGACACGGUGAACUUGAAUGGUGGAUUGAAGGAAGUUUGGGUCCUAUUGGCCAUGGCACUAGGUUACCGGUUUUGUGCUUACCUUUGCCUUCGAAGAAAGAUCAACGUAUGCCAUCUUUGAACAACUAAUUUGGUGUCACAAAAUGGAAAGCCAUUUUCCUAGAGAUUCUACCUUGGUGACUUCCCUUUUUAUUUUAUUCAAUGAUACAAUUGCAACUAUUAUUGAUGUAAUUUAAGUGAUUUUUUUUUUUUUUUUUUUUUUUUUUUUUUUUCCCGAAUCUGUAGAAGUUCCAAUUUCUUUGUA